GGGAGCCUGGCAUGAGCUGGUCUCCUCUUUGCCCUGACAGGUUUCAGUGCUCCCAGUGCUUUCAUGAGUGGUCUUCUGCCAAAGUGCACAUCCUGUUCCACAUGUGCCACUGCCAAGGCUGGGGCACGGUAUUGAUGCGGAUCUUUCGCCAGAAAUGCAGGCACUGCCCCAACCCCCGGCUGGAGGAUCCUGACUUCAGCCUGGAGACUUUGGAGAUGAUUCUGCACAACCUGGUGAUAAAGAUCCUCCAGUAUUUCUACAAUAAGCCUGUCCAGCCCUCUGACCUCCUGGAAAUUGUGGUGGAUACACCGGUGACAGGCCCACACGACAGUGCCCACUGCGAGGCCUGCCAGCUGGGCAUUUGUAACAGGUCAUGGCGGGCCCUGGCACCGGAUGCCUGGAAGCCCUUGAUGGAUGAGGACAAGGCCACGAUGCACAGCACCGAGUCAUGGCUGGGCUGGGCAGCAGGUGUCUGGAAGUCCUUGGCAAACGUGAGGGAGGCCAGGACCCAUCGCACUGAGCCACAGUCAUCCCUGGAAUCAUCCCUGGGAUCAGAUGACUGCGAACCCUUGACUGGUGUGGGCAAGGCCAGGACCCAUCGCGCUGAGCUGCAGUCAUCCCUGGAAUCAUCCCUGGGAUCAGAUGACUGGAAGUCCUUGACUGGUGUGGGCAAGGCCAGGACCCCUCACACUGAGCUGCAGUCAGCCCUGGAAUCAUUCCUGGGAUCAGAUGACUGUGAACCCUUGACUGGUGUGGGCAAGGCCAGGACCCAUUGCACUGGGUUGCAGCCAGCCCCGGCACGGGUUGCCGGGAAUGCAAGUGUGUCCAGGACCUCUCAGACCCUGAAACACCAGGGCUUAAGGCCCCAUGCAGCCGCGACCCACCACCCCUCACCCUCCAAUAGCAGCUUCCCCUGGAAACGCUGCUUCUGCAUCGGCAGCUCUUUGCUCUGUGUUUUGGCACUGAUCAUCUUCGUUGUGCUUUAUUUGACCGUGAUGUAGAGGGGCCUGGGGAUCGUGAAGAGGAACUGGGGUGAUGGCUAGGGAAGCUGAUGGAGUGCCUGGAAAAUUGGCUACCCAAGGUCAGCCCUUGCUCUCGGCUCAGUGAGGCUUCCCCAGCUCCUGGUGGCACGGGAACACAUCAGGAUGCCUCAGCCAGGCACCUUGUCCCACAGCCUCUGGAAAACUGAUGGGUCUGAUGGUUUCUUAUGGGACAUAUUCUAUAUGAAGAUGAAUCUCUCAGCUACCCCACGCACAGGAGGAGGUUUAUUACUUGCAAGAAUAA